AUGGUGAACCAACGCACGCUUUUCAAGAAGCCUCGCAAGGGAGGCAAGCAACCGUAUCUGAGCAAAGAUAUGAAAAAGAAGCUGAAAAAGGAACGAGCUAGCAGGCCACCACCAACCAAGUACCAGCGAAGCAUUAAACACAUCGAACGAGGCCAGGAAGCGAUCCAGGCGCAGAAGCGACAAAUCGAGGCGGAAAGGAAAUAUCGCCAGGAGGCAAACACUUUCACCAGUUUGGAAUCGUUCGCUUCCAGCGACGCAGAGACGGAAGAGAGUAAUGCACAGGAUGGUACCACGUUCGACGAUCUAGCGGUGGAAUUUAACGACCAAAUUGGUCAAAUGGUAGAUAGUGCGGAGAACAGUACGGAUGAAGAAGAGGAUUCAGACGAUGAUGUUACGGAUGAGGCAGAAAUGGCAUACGAGGCGGCACGGCUAGCGGAGCUCGAAAGUGACAGUGGGGUUCAAUUGGAUGCGAUAUUUGAGUCUCAAGAAAAGCAGAGCGAUGAGUCACACGAUGAGGAAAGCGAAGAGUCACAGGAUGAGGAAAGUGAAGAGUCACAGGAUGAAGGAUGCGCAGAGUCGCAGGAUGAGGAAAGCGAAGAUGAAGAGCUACAAUCGGACGAAAGUAACCUAUCCUCUGAAGACGAUGAUACAACGGCGAACGAUCCGUACAUGUUGCACACGGCAUACAACCUAAGUCCUGCGAUGCUGGAAGCGCUUGCUGCGGAACCACCAAGCGUCGAAACGUCCGCCAUGGCAUUUGGCAGCUUGGGCAACGUGUGCAUCGAACAGCCGAAAGGUCGCCCAGGGAGUAAACGUUCCGAACCGAAUGGAAUAUGUGCGAAGGAACGUUACGCCAAACCCGGUACACUGCCCACAGUACCGGAAGCAACCAAUCACGAUUGGAAAAAGCUGUACGUGAAGGAUCGAAUCAUAUGCAACAUGACGGAACAGGUGGAUGCAUUAGAGCGCGAUGUGUUUGCGGUUCUGAACGGAUAUCAUGAUCUGCACUAUCCGCAUAGGAGCUUUGAGAAUGCAAACAGUUUGCGGAAAGUUUACUGCUUGCAUGCACUGAACCACGUGCUAAAGGCGGUGAGCAAGAUUCAGCAUCACACGAUCAAGCUGACGGCAAAUAAGGCGGCCGGUAAGAACAAACCCGUCGAAGAUCAGUUCCGUCGGCGGGUGAAGAAACCAAAAGUUAGCGAAGAGCCAACGGCCAACGGAUUGGAGUGCCGGGAUCAAGGUUUCGUGCGCCCGAAGGUACUGAUCAUCGUUCCAUUCCGCGAGUCCGCACUCCAGUGUGUGAGUGUGCUGAAGCGUCUGUUUGCCGGUGAGCAAGAGAAGAGCGUACUGAACUGGAAGCGCUUUACGGAGGAGUACGGUGGUGGAUCAUCGUUACAUUUUCCUCGGAAGAAUCCAAAACCCGCCGACUAUGAGCGUACAUUCGCCGGGAAUAUUGACGACAACUUCCGGCUCGGGAUAGCGUUCAACCGGUCGACGAUGAAGCUAUAUGCGAAAUAUUACUCGUCGGAUGUUAUUAUCGCUUCACCGCUCGGGCUCCGGAUGGCUAUCGGUGCGAAAGGUGAAAAACAUCAGGAUUACGACUUCCUCUCCAGCAUCGAAAUGCUCAUCAUCGAUCAGGCUGAAAUAUGCUACGCACAGAACUGGGACCACGUACUGCACGUGAUGGAACAUUUGCACCAUCAGCCGAAAAGUACCGAGUACACGGAAUUUUCCCGUGUGCGAGAAUGGUGUCUAAACGGAUGGUCUAAAUUCUACCGCCAGACGAUUCUGCUGUCUGAAUUCGAACUCCCCGAGUUUCGCUGGCUAUACAAUAAACACUUCCACAACUACCGCGGUAAAGUGCGAUCCUGCAAACGCACACUAACCGGCACAAUCAAGCAGGUGGCCGUGCGUGUGCCACAAAACUUUCAGCGAGUUGAAACGACCACAUUCGGCGGUGUCGGCACGGCACGUUUUUCACACUUUGUAAACGUUGUACUGCCCCAAGCACGAACCGUUUCGAUGGCUCGCUGUCUCAUCUACGUACCGAGCUAUUUUGACUUUGUGCGGUUAAGAAACCACUUCAAGAACGAGGAACUCAGCUUCACCCAGAUCUGCGAGUACACGGAGGAUGCGAAGAUUGCACGCGCCCGGGACAUGUUCUUUCACGGCAGCAAACAUUUUCUGCUGUACUCGGAGCGGGCACACUUCUUCCGUCGGCACCGCAUACGGGGCAUCCGGCAUCUGAUACUCUACGCUCCGCCCGUUUUUCCACACUUUUACUCGGAGCUGGUGAAUCUGAUGAUGAAGGAGAAUCAAAACCCGCAUGACGGUGUGGACGACGAUUCGAUGACGGUGACGGUGCUGUACACCGGCUACGAUACGUAUCAGCUAGCGGAGAUGAUCGGCGCACUAAGGGCGAAAGCGAUGAUAAAAGCACCACGCUCGGUACACCGCUUUACGACAGAUCAAAAGUGAAAUUUGGUUAAUUUCUAAGCGAAAAGUUGCGUUAACAUGUAUAAAAA